AUGCCUCUUCCACAAUUACUAGUUGGCAAAGUAGCUGCCAUCACCGGUGGUCUUACCGGCAUUGGACGGGCAAUUGCCCUUGAUUAUAUCCGCCAUGGUGCUAAGGUCUCGAUUAGCCAUCUGGGCGGUCCAAAGGAAGAGGAUUUACUAGCAUCGCUGCGUCAAAAAGUCAAUGAGAUCGAAGAGGGAGCAGACAAGACUCGUUUCCUCACAGUUGCAGGAGAUAUCUCUCAGCCUGAGACAGGAAAGCACUUUGUUGCGCAGACAGUCGAGGCAUUCGGUCGAUUAGAUGUGUUUGUGAGCAAUGCGGGCGUGUGUAAAUUUGCAGACUUCCUUGAGCUCGAGCCCUCUCUUCUUAACCAUACUGUCUCUACCAACCUCUCAGGUGCCUUCUUCGCUACACAGGCUGCGGCCAGACAAAUGGCUUUAGCCCAGUCCCCGCCCGGUGGAUCCAUUAUCGGUAUUAGUUCCAUUUCAGCGCUUGUCGGUGGUGGUGAGCAGACACAUUAUACACCCACCAAGGCCGGUGUCUUGAGUCUGAUGCAGUCUUGUGCGGUGGCGCUUGGGAAAUAUGGAAUCCGUUGCAAUGCCCUCCUUCCGGGUACUAUUCGCACCCAGUUGAAUGAUGAAGAUAUGGCGGAUCCUGUCAAGAGGACGUAUAUGGAAGGUCGAAUUCCUCUUGGAAGAUUGGGUCAACCGCCUGACCUGGCGGGUCCUGCUGUGUUCUUGGCCUGUGAGGAACUAAGCAGCUAUGUGACUGGUGCACAGAUUUUGGUUGACGGUGGUCUUUUUGUUAAUUUACAGUAA